AUGUUGAGCCGAUUCAUGAGCGGCAGCAUCAGGAACCUGGAGCGGGAGUACAGCUGCACCGUGAGGCUGCUGGACGACUCGGAGUACACAUGCACCAUUCAGCGUGACGCAAAGGGACAGUAUCUGCUUGACCUCAUCUGCCACCACCUCAACUUGCUGGAGAAAGACUAUUUUGGCAUCAGAUAUGUGGAUCCGGACAAGCAGCGGCACUGGUUGGAGGUCACAAAAUCUAUUGCAAAGCAAAUGAAAUCUCAGCCUCCGUUCACCAUGUGUCUGAGACUCAAGUUCUACCCUCCUAAUCCCGCUGCUCUGAAGGAGGAGAUCACUCGAUAUCUUGUCUUCCUGCAAAUCAAGAGAGACCUCUACCAUGGUCGGCUCCUUUGUAAAACCUCGGAUGCGGCCAUGCUUGCUGCACACAUCCUUCAAGCUGAGAUCGGUAACUAUGACCCCGGGAAACAUCCUGAAGGUUACAGCUCCAAAUUCCACUUUUUCCCCAAACACUCGGAGAAGCUGGAGCGCCGGAUCGCAGACCUACACAAGACGGAGCUGAUUGGACAGUCACCUGAAACAUCAGAGCGGAACUUCCUGCAGAAAGCCCAGAUGCUGGAGACAUAUGGUGUUGAUCCGCAUCCGUGCAAGGACGUGUCUGGGAACCCGGCGUUCCUCGCCUUCACGCCGUUUGGUUUUGUGGUGCUUCAGGGAAACAAGCAAGUCCAUUUUCUCAAAUGGGACGAGGUGACCAAACUGAAGUUCGAGGGCAAGACGUUCCACAUACAUGCAAACCAGAAGGAGGACAAACAGAUCAUCCUGACAUACUUCGCACCCACUCCGGAGGCAUGCAAGCACCUUUGGAAAUGCGGAGUGGAGCACCAAGCUUUCUACAAGCUUGAGAAGUCCAGUCAGGUUCGGACGGUGUCGAGCAGCAACCUGUUCUUCAAGGGCAGCCGUUUCCGUUACAGUGGACGAGUGGCUAAAGAGGUGAUGGAGCAGAGUGCCAAAAUCAAACGUGAACCUCCAGAAAUACACAGGGCUGGCCUCGUGCCCAGCAGGAGUUGUCCAUCCAUCACCCACGGGCCUCGCCUCACCAGUGUGCCGCGCACGCGUCGGAGAGCUGUGCACAUAUCUAUCAUGGAGGGUCUGGAGUCCUUGCGUGACAGUGCCCACUCCACACCGGUGCGUUCAGUGUCCCACUGUGACUCCUUCAUGCCGCGCUCCCGGAGCCAGGCCACGGAUCGCAGUGACGGCACGUCGGUGAUCUCGGACGAGGCCUACAGCCCCUCCGACAGCGUCCUGCCCACCCCGGUGGCCGAGCACAGCACGGACCCGUCGGUCUCGCGCCAGAUCAACGGGGCACCCUGCAGCAUCGAAGAGGAGAGGGAGUCAGAGGCGGGCAAAGCCAAGCGCGGGGAUGGGGGUGAUUUUGGUGCGGACGGUAAAUCCGCACAGGAGGGUGCAGGGGGGGACUCGACCCUCACCGAGGUGGAACAGGUGAAUAAGUUUGUCUUAAGUGUCCUCCGUUUGCUGCUUGUGACCAUUGGACUCCUCUUUGUCUUGCUCCUCCUCCUCAUCAUCCUCACCGAGUCAGACCUUGACGUAGCAUUUUUACGUGAAAUCCGCAAGACCCCCGAGUUUGAGCAGUUCCAUUACGAAUAUUUUUGUCCCCUCAGGCGGUGGUUUGCCUGCAAGCUCCGCUGGGUGGGCGGGUUGCUCAUUAACAAUUGA